CAGCGAAGCAGCAAAGCCCUCCAUUCAUAGUCCAAAUCUCUGAUACUUUCUGCCCCUGCUUUCUCCUCGCUGUCUUCCCCCUCCUCCCCCCCACCACGCCCAAAGGAAUGGCUGAGAAUUUGGAUGACGGUGAGUUCUGGCUGCCUCCGCAGUUCCUUGACGACGACGUUUUCCUGGAGGACACCACCGGCGGUCUCAAGCUCAACUCCAAUGCCCUGCUUCGUGCUGUUUCCCCCAAGGAUCUCUUCUUCCCUUCCGAGUUUCCUUAUGACUUCGAAUCCUGUGGCGCUUCUUCUGAUCUCAGUUCUCCGGUUGAGUCCGUGGUCGGUUCUAGUGAAACAGAGAGUGACGAGGAAGAGCGCGUGCCUGACCUCACCCGUCGGAUGGCUCGCACCGCUCUUGAAGUUGAUUCUACUUCUGACAAACCCAAGGAAAUGUUCGUCUCUGGUUCGCCGCAGUCCACCCUCUGGGCCUUUGGAAGUGGGUGUGGAUGCCGGAAAGGUUCGAGCAACGGUAGCCCCAAUAGUGCUGGGAAGGUGUCGUCUCCGACUGCGACAUGGGAUCUACUGCACGCAGCCGCAGGGGAAGUUGAGAAGAUGAAGCUGGGCGACGAAGUGUUUGCCUACAAUCAUAACCAACGCCCCUUGGGUGCCUAUCCGUUGAAUCUCCCUGUCAGUAACUCAAACCCUCCUGAGUUUAAAUUGGUCACCCAUCGCCCGCUUUCUCACCAGCAAUUGCAGAUCCUUCGAUUUCAGAUGCUGAGGGAGCAACAGAUGGCGAAGUUGCGGAAUUCCUCUUUUGGUCUCUACCAACAGAGACGAAGUAACCUAAUAGCCCCAGUCUGUGGAGGGAAUAGUGAAAUUUCUGGUCCCAGAAGCGCUUGCCCUGUGAGUUUCUCUUCACCUGCCUGGCCUCAACAGGCCAAGUUCCCGGCUCAGACUCAGCAAUUUGGAUCCGGAAUGAGAGCUGUCUUCCUCGAGAACCCUUCUGGUAAAAAAAGGGAGUGUACUGGAACAGGGGUUUUCUUGCCUCGUCGUGUUGACAACCCAUCUGAAUCAAAGAGGAAGCCAGCAUGUUCAACUGUUCUGGUGCCUGAUAGAGUGGCGCAGGCCCUAAACCUAAACCUGGACAAAAUGAGCGGCCAGCCUCAACGUCAAGAACCCCCUCGAUUUAAUGUGGCGCCUAACAUGGACAGUGAAGCAGCUUUUCCCAAGCUUCAGAGAAAUCCGGGACUUCACCACCAGAAACGCAGCUUGCGGCCGCAACCUCCGCUGAACCACGACCUGCGGCUACCACAAGAGUGGACCUACUGAUUAUCCAAGUGCUUCUUGUUGGAUGCUUUGGUUUUUUGUCUUCAGAGCUACUAUAGGAAUAGGGUAGGAAUUCGAUUCGGGGAAUAGUAAAGUUAGUUUUUCUGUAGCUUUCAAAAGGAAUAGUGUUACAAGAUGAAACAGGUUUUUGUUUGGAAUGAAAGAAAGAAAGGGGGGAAAAAAAAGAAAAAGAGAUGAAAGCGAUAUAUAUGAUGUAGGAGUGGCAAAAGAUAGUGGCAUUAUUAAGGCAUUAUUAGGUAGAAAAUAAUGCUCAGGGAGAAUGAAGAACUGCUAAUACAGCAGAAUAUUACUAGCAGUAGAAAAUAAGAAAGGGUUGGACCGAAUUUGCAGGGCAGAAAAUGAAAUAUGAAUGAAAUCUGAUUCCAAUCUGCAAUCUCUGUUUGUUAACCCGACAUUGCUAUAAUAAUAGUAAUAGAAGGAAUAGUAACAUGUCUUCUCUGCU